CUAUCGGAGGCCAUCGCAGUGACUGCUUAAACGCUAUUCUUCGUCUAGCUAUCGCUUGCUUUCUCGCCUCACUCACUCAAGCAAAUGCGGGGACUGGUGAGAGAGCAAGUCGGCAAUCAGACGCUACAAAGUUGCAAGCCCUUAUCGAAGCGGCAGCCAUGGAUACAGUUGCAGGACAUAGGCAACGCUUUUGAGAGCAGCAGACCAGCAUUUUGGGGAGUUGCAGAGGAGUUGCACCUAAUGACUGGAGAGGCAAACAGACUGAGCAGUGCAUCUGCGAGAGGAGACUUGGCAAAAGUUGAGAUGUUAUUACAGAACGGAGCAGAUGUUAAUGCAAACAAUGUAUUCGGCAGGACACCGUUACAGGUGAUGAAACUUGGUAACCCAGCCAUCGCGGAGGCGUUGCUGAGGGCGAACGCAAAUCCAAACGUGCGCGACCAUGUCAGGGGUCUCACUAUCACUCAUGAUGCUGCAAGGGAUGGAUACGUGGACACCCUACGCGUCCUGAUAGAUCAUGGCGCAGACGUCAACCUCUUGGACAACGACGGCAAUCUUCCAUUGCAUCUAGCCGCAAGAGAAGGCUAUCUUGAUGUGGUUCAGCUCCUUGUUGGUUGUACGAAGGACGCCGCAAGGCACAACUCCGGAGGCCAUACACCUUAUGAUUUGGCGACUAUGAACAAUAGAGUAUCCAUUGCGCAAUACAUUCAGGCGCACAUGAAUUUAUGAAUAUACAUGGGACAAUCCUAACUGGGAUAAAGAGGUGGAGAUAGAGUAGCAAACAUGUAAUCUACCUCUCCUUUGUUACAAUGUAUUUGGAUGUUUUCAGACAUGACAGCCUCAAUUUCAACCAUAAAGGCUAUCAUGAACUCAGGUCCAGUUACGUUUCCUUGUAACCUGAUAAGAACACAUUCCAUAUAGGUUUUGACUCCAGUUUGCUCCAUUGCGAAACAAAUGUGACAAGAUUAUAUGCCACUGGAACUAUAACAAUAAUUUUAAUCAAUUUAAAACUUUUAGGCCACAACAUUUCCCUAACAACUCAACAUCUCGAGCGGCAACAUGAUCUUGCGUUUUGGGAUGUUGCCUAUAGUGGCAUAAGCCUAAUGGCUGGUUAAAGUGAAGAGAAAUUUGUCUUUCAAAUUCAAUUCAAUCCCAAUAAUAUAAUAACUGAAUUUGAGAUGGGUUUAGUAGGCUAUAACGACCAUUUCAAAUGAAAUGAGGAACAACAUUGUAUCGUUUAACUUCUCUAGGCUGUAACAAUUUAAAAAGAUGACCCUCUUCAUCCAUUGCACUCUUGUGCACCAUAGCAAAUGUCUUAUUUUGUCCCAUUUGUCAUGGUUAAUUAAACUCAUGAUAUUUUGACUAAAAAGCUGUAGCCUAUACAUGUCUUCUCCUUUUCCAUGCAUACCAUUGGUAAUAAAUGACCAAUCUAAUGGUAGCCUGACUGAUGUGGCGAUUCUCUUCGAUUUUAUUUGCACUUUGUAAAUAGGGAAACAAGUACAUUUUGUAAUGAACUGUGAAAGUAUGCGUUUGCUAAUAUUGACGUUUUAUUUUGUACCAAAGACAGCAACUGACUACAGGUCUGCAUUGUUUAACCUGUUUGUUUAAUUUUCUGAUUGGCGUGUCAGCUCAAAAUUUGGUUGAAAUAGAAUGUUGACGGCCGUCAUCUUUCUGUAUUGUCUUCUAUUUGAAUAUUGCUAAUCAAUGUUUUGCACUGUUGUCAUUUGUGAGACGAAUAAAUUCAGUUGUCCACUGA